AUGAGUUGGUUGUUCAAUCAUAGAUUAAAAAAGGAUUACUUGUUAUUCUAUAUAAACAAUAAACAGCAUUCUAAAAAUACAACUAUUCAAGUAUUUGGCUUAAAUGUUGUAUUUGAUAUGGCCGCUGACUUGGCUUUGAAGAAUGUGGACAACGCGUGCGAAACUGCUGAAGAAUUUACGAGACUGUUUUAUAAACAUUUGGAUAACAGCAGACACCUAACCUCGAAGUUAUACUUGGAUGCAGGAUUAUUAGUAUGGAAUGGAAAUGGCAUAAAUGGUAACGCUAAGAUUCAAAAGUUUCUGCUCGAUUUACCACCAAGCAGUCAUUAUGUGAAGACUUUGGAUGCUCAACCUGUCUCCGAAAACUUUAUGCCAGAUAAUUUGACUUAUCUUAUUCAAGCUUGUGGUGAUGUCACAUAUCAAAAUGACGAUGUAAAGAAACCCUUUCAAGAGACUUUUGUUAUUGUGGCUGUAGAAGGAAAAUGGAAAAUUGCAACAGAUUGCUACAGACUACAAGUACCUUAUAAUUGCAGUUAA